GUAGGCAGGAAAUGUGUGAGCUUGUGUGAGAAUAAUUUCACAACUUGCUGACCACACAAGCAGUUAAGAAAAGAAUGCAGUAGCUGUGCUAUACUGCAAAGAAAUUGCCAGGGUUUUUUUUCCGCCCUUUUGACCACUGAAGUUCUUGAAGCACUAAACUUCUUCUUGAAUCAUGCAGGCAAACAGAGGGGUCACAUUGAUCUUGCUGAGUCUAAUGGCCAGAUUGGGGAGCCCAAAGGCUGUACUGACUCUGCAGCCUAACUGGCCCCUGUUCUUCACUGGAGAGACUGUUGGUUUCAGGUGUUUGGGACAGCCAUUCAAACAUUAUGGAUUCAUAUGGUACAGAAAUGAAUCAAAUCGUUCGGUGGUACAGCACACAUCCUAUGAAAACACCUACAUCAUCUCACCUGUUACUGAAGCCCACAGUGGUAUAUACAGGUGCGCUGAUUUUGGCUCCUAUAGUGAUCAUGUCGGACUGAACGUGUCAGCACUGCCUAAAGCCAAGCUGACUGCAGAGCCAAAAUGGCGCCCACUGUACAAUGGAGAGACUGUCACCCUGAGGUGUGAGGUAGACUCUUACAGCAACUGGACAUAUUCCUGGUACAAAGACCAGACCCAGAUGGCCGUGUCCCAGACUGCUGGUCACAGUGUAACUGGUAACAGACUCACCAUCCCUGGUGCUGCUGGGUCUGACCAGGGGCAGUACUGGUGUGAGGGGAGGCUGGAGGGGAGAAAAGUGACAUCACAGCACAGCGACUCCAUCAAUCUGACUGUUGCAGUCUGUCUCCUUUCCACAGCCCUGCCUAAGGCCACUCUGAUCGUGAAGUCAAAAUGGCGCCCACUGUACAAUGGAGAGACCGUCACCCUGAGGUGUGAGGUGGACUCCUACAGCAACUGGACACAUUUCUGGUACAGAGACGACCAUAACCAGACAGCCACAUCUCUCACUAAAGAGUACAGUGUAAACAUCACUGGGGCUGCUGGAUCUCACCAGGGGCAGUACUGGUGUGAGGGGAGGCUGGAGGGGAGAAAAGUGACAUCACAGCGCAGCGACUCCAUCACUCUGACUGUUGCAGGUAGACUGGUGUUCGGUCUGGGAGCUGCUCCUCUGCUGCUGGCCUCAAUUAUACUGUGUGUGAAAUGGUGCAGGAGACCAGGGUCACCUAAUGAAGCAGCUGUCAAAUACACUGAAGAGAAUGUGGAAGUUGACUUAUAAAACCUUCACACAGAAGCUGGAUCAGUGUGCUCAUGUCGAAUGAAGAACGUUUGAGAGCUCAGGAUUAUUUUUCAUUGUGAUGUUUCCCAGCUUGCAGGGAAAUCCUGAUUGGGGGUACAGUCAUGGGGACACUCAGUGAGUUUUGGGAAUGAGAACAGGAAGUUGUUGUGCCUCUAGAGUGCAGAAUUUGUGUAAUAUUUAUCUGAGGUUGUGAUUCACCAGAGCUGCACAUGACAUCUUUGUCUACGUUAGUCAGCUUUGAUCGCUGUAUGUUUGUUUCAGGUCCUACGUUAAACUUUAUAUAUGAUGCAGAAAACCCGCGAAAGACGUACAUACAGCUUAAACAGCUGAGACUCUGCAACAUGUUCAACAUGCAUUUCAUGUGUCUGCUUGUAUUAGCAUUACAUUAAAUGGACUUUAAAGUGUG